UCUCACACCUAAUUGAUGCUAUUGCAUCAUAUUUUCUAUACAAAAUAUAUAUAACAUUCGAUUUAGCAGCAAUAGGACUAGAUAAUGAAAAAUUAAUGAAAACGCCACACCAGACGGUACUGUAGGUUUUUUUUGGUCCACGCUGCCUACUGUACUUAGUGGGAGGGGCGACUGUUGUAGUCUUUCAGACAUGUCAACAACAUGCCGGAGUCCAGAAGUGAGGCAGAGACAGACGAGAAAGGAGAAACACCGUCUAAAAAUAUAAUUUCAGUAAUUUCUCAGUUCGCUGACGAUAAUUUAACCAUUGUCCGGAACAUCAGUACUGGACUAGCAAUUGCCGGGGUAAUAGUAAUAUCAAGGAGUAUUAAAUUGAUCACUAGGUUUGGAUUAGCCUCCGACAUCCCAGCGAGGUUCAUAGAGAAGAAUGUGAGCCUCAGAGGGAGAGUCCAGACCAUCACAGAGACGGGACUGGAGGUGGAGCACAUCCCCAUCUACAUCCCUGUCCUCUCUCCCCUGCUGGCUAAAGGUGGUGGUCGUGUGUAUCCACUGGCUGUGCGCCUGGCGGGGGUGGAGCUGACCCCAGAGGGGACGGUGUGGCUGGAGCAGCACCUGAGCCCAGCCCAGACGGUGUGGCUCAAACUGGUCAGCAGAGAGGAGGAGACACUGCACUGUCUGGUGUCUGUUAGCCGGGGGUCAUGGAGGAGUCUGUGUCUGAAUGAGGAGGUGUUGAGGUUGGGUCUGGCACGCACCGUCCCAGUCUCUGGACUCCACCCUCAGUCCCACCUUUUCCUGAGGCUCCACCAACGGCUGCUCAAGGCAGAGGUCAAGGCCGAGCGGAAGGGGCGAGGCAUGUGGAAAGAGGAUAGCCUAUGGGAGAGGACCUCACAGGCUGUUUUGGACAACCCACUGGUCAGACUCAUCAGGAGGAUCUUCAAGUGGACGUGAUUGGCUGGCUGACUGACUGGCUGGCUGGCUGGCUGGUUGACUGGCUGGCUGGCUGACUGACUGGCUGGUUGGCUGGCUGGCUGACUGACUGACUGGCUGACUGGCUGGCUGGCUGGCUGGCUGGCUGGCUGGCUGACUGGCUGGUUGGCUGGCUGGCUGACUGACUGACUGACUGACUGGCUGGCUGGCUGGCUGGCUGGCUGGCUGGCUGGUUGACUGGCUGGCUGGCUGACUGACUGGCUGGUUGGCUGGCUGGCUGACUGACUGACUGGCUGGCUGGCUGGCUGGCUGGCUGGCUGGCUGGCUGACUGACUGGCUGGCUGGCUGGCUGGCUGGCUGACUGACUGACUGGCUGGCUGGCUGGCUGGCUGGCUGGCUGGCUGACUGGCUGGCUGGCUGACUGACUGGCUGGCUGGUUUGGCUGGCUGGCUGACUGACUGACUGGCUGACUGGCUGGCUGGCUCGCUGGCUGGCUGACUGGCUGGCUGGCUGACUGACUGGCUGGCUGGCUGGCUGGUUGACUGGCUGGCUGGCUGGCUGACUGACUGGCUGGUUGGCUGGCUGGCUGACUGACUGACUGGCUGACUGGCUGGCUGGCUGGCUGGCUGGCUGGCUGGCUGACUGACUGGUUGGCUGGCUGGCUGACUGACUGACUGGCUGGCUGGCUGGCUGGCUGGCUGGCUGGCUGGCUGACUGACUGGCUGGUUGGUUGACUGGCUGGCUGGCUGGCUGACUGACUGGCUGGCUGGCUGGCUGGCUGGCUGACUGACUGGCUGGCUGGCUGACUGGCUGACUGGCUGACUGGCUGGCUGACUGACUGACUGCUUGACUGACUGCUUGACUGACUGCUUGACUGGCUGGCUGGCUGGCUGGCUGGCUGACUGCUUGACUGACUGCUUGACUGACUGCUUGACUGGCUGCUUGACUGGCUUGCUGGCUGGCUGGCUGGCUGACUGACUGCUUGACUGACUGCUUGACUGACUGCUUGGCUGGCUGGCUGGCUGGCUGACUGACUGCUUGACUGACUGCUUGACUGACUGCUUGACUGACUGCUUGGCUGGCUGGCUGGCUGGCUGACUGACUGCUUGACUGACUGCUUGACUGACUGCUUGGCUGGCUGGCUGGCUGGCUGGCUGGCUGGCUGGCUGGCUGACUGACUGACUGACUGCUUGACUGGCUGGCUGGCUGACUGAUUGCUUGACUGACUGACUGACUGACUGACUGCUUGACUGCUUGACUGACUGACUGACUGAUUUCAUUUGGUCUCUGAAAGUGAGUUCAUGAAUGUUGCAGGGCCCAGGCCCAUCUCAGAAUACAGCUGUGUCAUUAUGUGUCUGCGUUUGAGAAGUGGAUCAUCUAUUUGUCAACUGAUUGCCCAGAGAUUGCUCUCAAAAUAGAAUAAGGACAAUAUUCACACGAUUAUCUGUACAAACAAUCUUUUCUCCUGUUCUUUACCUUCGGGGAAAAGUGUGCAACGAUGUCUCAAAUGGAUGGGGGUAUCGACAAAAUCGUAGACAUGGGACAACAUUUUUUUUUUGACCCACUUGCUUAUUAAAGUUGAUAUAUAUAUCGAUGGAGAUUAUAGACGCACUGACACGGCAAUGACAAGACAGAAUAGAAACCAGUCUACUUACAGUUGGUCUUCCCCUUCGUGGGUCAGGAUAUGUUGAUGUUUCGUCAGAUCAUUUUAAAGAAAUUCGGCUGUCAGAAAUCCACAUAUCUACAUCAAACGUAUUUUGAUUUGUGAAAUAAAUAUGCAUUGGUUAAUUCA